AUGUCUUUAUCACUGUACCUUUUAUCACUGCACCUCUUAUUACCUGUACCUUCUUAUACUGUACCUCAUACUGUACCUUUAUCACUGUACUCUGUACCGUACUCUUAUCACCGUACUUGGUACCGUACUUUUGGUCCUCUUGUUACCUCUUGGUACCGUACCUGUCUAUGGUACCGUACCUUUGUUAUUGUACCUCUUGUUACCGUACCUUUUAUCACCGUACCUCUUGGUACCGUACCUCUUAUCACUGUACCUCUUGGUACCCGUACCUCUGUUACCGUACUUGGUCCCUCUUGUUACCGUACCUUUUGGUACCGUAUCUUGGUACCGUACCUUAUUACGUACUUGUUGUACCGUACUUUUUACCACGUACCUCUUGGUACCGUACUUUUAUCAUGUACCUCUGGUACCGUACCUUAUACAGUGUUCUUGGUACCGUACCUGUGGUACCUUGUACUAUAUUUACUUUGGUACCACCUCUUUUGGUACCUAUACCGUACUUGGUACCGUAUCUUUAUUACUGUACCUCUUGUAUUACCUCUGUUACCGUACUUUAUCACUGUAUCCUUGGUACCGUACUCCUAA